UCGUAUUACUUAUCCUGUGCUUAACGCUGUUCUAAGUAUUUUAUAAAUCUAAAUGCAUUUCAUAAUCAUAACACCGCAGGUAAGCAAGUCUUAUGCUACACUGCAUUAUGCUCUCUGGACUUUGUCUCAGGAUUUUCCCUAGUAUGUUAAAUCUCAGUCAUGAUGGGAAUAGGAGUGAUUCAUUCAUUGUCUGUGAAUUAGGGAUUGUUUUUCCUCCCUUGGCUUUUUUAUUCCCCACAGUGGAAGAUUUAGAAGAGUGAUAAUAAUUGAUAGAGCCAAAGUUUGACACUCCCCCGCCACUCCACAUACUCACAUGAGCUUACAAAUACAAGGCUCAAUCCAUAUUGUAAAAGGAGCCAAUAAGUAAGUUAGAAACCUGUUUAAACAAACAGUUGUACCAGGUGCUAUGGAAUCUUUGGAUUUACCUACUCCAGUAGUUCCAAGCUUAUCUGCACAUUGAAAUCACCUGAAGAGCUUUAAACAAAACACUGAUGCCUGGACCUGAGCCCAGGGAUUUGGGUUUAAUUGGUCUAGGGUAUGGCUUGGACAUCCUGAUUCUUAAAAGCUCCUCAGGUUAUUGUAAUGCACAACUAAAGUUGAAAGCUACUGAUGGUUUUGUUUUGUUGAUAUGGGGUCUAGCUCUGUCACCCAGGCUGGAGUGCAGAUCAUGGCUCACUGCAGUCUCAACCUCCUGGGCUCCAGGGAUCCUCCUGCCUAAGCUUCUGGAGUAGCUGGGACCACAAGCAGGAGCUGCCAAGCCCAGCUAGUUUUUAUGUUUUUUUAUAGGGAUGGGGGUCUCACUAUAUCGCCCAAGCUGGUCUUGAUCUCCUGGCCUUAAGCAAGCCUCCCAAAAUGCCGGGUUUCUAGAUUUGAAACAGAUCUGUACUAAUGAAGAGUAACUGCAUACAAACCACAAUAUGUCAAGAAAGAAAAAAAGAUCCCAUAGAAAUGUUUCAUUCUGGACAGCUGGUAAAAGUCUGUGCACCGAUGGUUCGAUAUUCAAAGUUGGCUUUUAGGACACUAGUAAGAAAAUACAGUUGUGAUCUGUGUUACACACCAAUGAUAGUUGCUGCUGAUUUUGUCAAAUCUAUAAAGGCCAGAGACAGUGAAUUUACCACAAACCGAGGUGAUUGCCCAUUGAUUGUUCAGUUUGCUGCUAAUGAUGCAAGAGUUUUAUCUGAUGCUGCUCGUAUAGUCAGUCCUUAUGCCAAUGGAAUAGACAUUAACUGUGGUUGCCCUCAGAGGUGGGCAAUGGCAGAAGGUUAUGGGGCUUGCUUAAUAAACAAGCCAGAGCUUGUUCGAGACAUGGUGACACAAGUAAGAAAUCAAGUGGAAAGCCCUGGGUUUUCAGUUUCUAUUAAAAUAAGGAUCCAUGAUGAUCUUAAAAGAACUGUAGAUCUUUGUCGAAAGGCUGAAGCAAUAGGAGUUUCCUGGAUUACAGUCCAUGGAAGAACUGUUGAAGAAAGACAUCAGCCAGUGCACUAUGAUUCCAUUAAAAUAAUUAAAGAAAAUAUGUCUAUACCUGUAAUUGCUAAUGGAGAUAUCAGAAGCUUAAAGGAAGCAGAAAAUGUGUGGCAGAUUACUGGGACAGAUGGUGUGAUGGUUGCAAGAGGACUUUUAACAAACCCAGCCAUGUUUGCUGGAUAUGAGGAAACCCCACUGAAAUGCAUCUGGGACUGGGUUGACAUUGCUCUUGAACUCGGGACUCCUUACAUGUGUUUCCACCAACAUUUAAUGUACAUGAUGGAAAAGAUAACUUCAAGGCAGGAAAAAAGAGUAUUUAAUGCUCUGUCAAGCACAUCAGCAAUCAUAGAUUACCUUACAGACCAUUAUGGCAUUUGACUAGACUUCCCAAAUAAUUUUAAUAUAUACUUUUUGACCUACAGUGAAACAACAGAACAUCAUAUUUUGUACCUUAAACCAGUAGCUCUCAAAUGUUAGUAUAAAAACAAUCCCUGGGAGCAUUUUUUAAAAAUCAGUCCUAUACUCCCACCCUUACAGAUUCUGAUUCGGUAGAUCUGGAGCAAACCCAGAAAUUUACAGUUUAAAGAAAACUCCCAGUGGUUCACACAUCCUAAUCAUCCUACACAAACACUGACAAAUACUGUUCUGAAUCCUGUUAUGCAGAUAUUUGGGGGAUGGGUAGAAUGGGAAUUUUCUCCUAAAAGAGUCAUGUUUUCUCAUGUUAACAUUUUUAAAUAAAAUUAAUUUUAAUACUAAG